AUGCACCAUCCCGACAAGCCUCCAUCUCCAGACCCUGAAAUGGACUUCUUGCCAGUUUAUUCAUCUGGCCUAGACCCCGACCGAAUAGAUCCCUGCCGAGAUGCUGGGAAGCAAAGAGAGUGGAGUGUCACCAACCGGGACUCCGCAUCUGGAGAGCUGUCACCGGCAACGCCAAAAGAUACGACUUCACUUUGCAUUUUGAACGAGUUGGUGUUGAAGGCUUUACGAGACCUCGAGAUUAGAUUGGAGCAUCAAAUUACCCAGGACCAGAACACCUUAGGCCGGGGAGGGGGCAAAGCCUCGGCACGAAAACGUGAUCGCCAAUCUAGCAAUUCGCAGCAGUCGCCGUCCUCGAAACGACAACUAUCGUCUAAAAGAGAGCGGGCGAGCCUCAUCCGAGAUGAGAACGACUCCCCAAAUGACGAGGACAAGAAUGGCUCCAGCCCCGAAGAGGGACAUGACGGCGGUAAUGCCAGUGAUGCAGAACACAAAUAUCUUGCCUGCCCUCUGUUUCGAAAGGACCCGCGAAGGUACGCGGCUUGUGCGAAAUGUCGGCUCAGGCGCAUCAGGGAUGUAAAGCAGCACAUGAGGAGAAGACAUAGGAGACCACAGUACUACUGUCCUAUUUGUUGGAAAACAUACUCGGGACCCGACGAGCGUGAUGAACAUGUCAUUGAACGCUCUUGUAGCACCCCGCAAGAAACAAGCACACCGUGGAUCACGCGAGAGCAAGACACCCGGUUGGAGGGAAGAGUUCCAAACGGGUCAACCGUGGAACAAUGGUAUACGGUAUGGGAUAUUGUCUGUCCAGGGCAAACACGCCCAAAUCCGCCACAUUGCUUUCUGGGCAAGAUGGUUGAAGAUUUCAGCACCUUACGGCGAGAGCUCUGGGAAGAACACGGCCGCGAAAUUGUCGAGGAACUUGUUACGCAACGAGAAGCCACACUCCGAGAACCUCUGAGUUGGGAGAACAGGAGUCUGCUCCAGAGAUGCAUCAUUGAUAUUGUCCGACAUGUGUUGGAGCAUCCUGAUGUUACAUCAGCAGGAAAAGUCCGGUGGAAUCAGGGCGUUUGUCAAUCUGAAGCAGGUUCAGUACCUCAAUCCCCUGGCCGUGUUCACGGUGUUCCUCAAGAUGGUCCCGACACGACUCAUCAUCAACCAUUUGAGAUGCAGGAGAACUUACUCCAGGAAGGCCACAAAUCCGCCCCAGAUCAAGGAUUACAGUUCGGCGGGCCACAGCUGGGCGACUUGGACUUGACGUCUUGGUUGGACUUGCAAACGUUCGACGGAUUCGAUACAGGCAACCUGAGCUUCCUUGAUGCAGGUCCACCUGCCCUUGACGAGGGACAUGAAACUGUACUUGAUUUCUCAAUUCGUCCAACUAAUACAUAA